AUGGCGAUGAUAAUGAAUGACAACAAAGAGAAGGCAAACCCUCCGAAGGUAUUGGUUUUGAAAUGGGGGAAUCAUAGACAUAGAAUUUUGAUUAAUAACGACGAUGUUGAAGCUGGUUGUCCUGCGUCGGAGCGGGAGGCCCCGCUGCCGGAACCUAAAAAGUGUUCGAGAAUGGUGGCUGCAUCGCCGGCCUUGCCUCCGAAACUAAGGACUAGAAAAAGAACACUUGAAAUGGGUGUGAAGGAAGAAGAGAAGAAGAUAAGUAGAAUAGUAGAGAAUUGUAAGAAGAUCAAUGUGUCGGAUGAAAAGAAGAAUUUGAGAUCACGGAGAAUGAGGAAGAAGGAGCCGAUGUUGAAGCUGGCGGUGCCGCUCUCCAAGUCUAAGAUCGAAGAAGAUUUCUUGAAGAUGAUUGGGAAGAAGCCGCCAUCGAGGCCCAAAAAGAGGUCUAGACUUGCGCAACAAGACAGUACAUAUCUUGGAUUGAGUUUGGACGAGAUUCCCAAUGAUAGAUACGAUGUUCCUAAAUUACCCCUUGCAUAA